CCUUUCCCGGGCAUGGCGCCUGUUACAGAGGACUACCAUUAUUUUGGAAAACACUCGUUCUCCGCAUCGUAUCGGGCCGGCCCCCACGGUUACAACACCGGGGAGAUGCAUAUGCGCGCAACGGGUCGGGCAUCUGUUCCAGUUCUCGCAAGACAGGUGCCAAAGAAGACCUGUACAAGCGCCUUACAGACCUCGAGGAAGAUGUUGGGCAGCUUCGCUCGUGAUGUGUUGAGCUUCAAAGGCGUCGCACGGCCUGACCUGUUGCAGUUCUACGACCAAGAGCUGUGGCGUCGCUUUGAUCGAGAACAGAGAGCAGCUAGGAAGACAUUAGCCGUCGCCCCCCUGCUCCUCUUGCGAGAACCAAGAAACAGAAGAGGGCAACAAGUAGACGAACAAGAGCACGACGACCAAAAAAUCAGGAAAGAGCAGGAGCACCAGGGCCCUUUCAGUUUCUUCUAUCGUCAAGAAGAUGAAGACUUCUCUCAGGAGUUGUAUCGCCAAAAUAAUUCAUUUCGCGACGCCGCACUUUUGAUGAAUCCAGCCACGAUGAAGCUGGAAACGACUGCAACAAGAAGGGGCGGGCGCGAGCAGUCCUCAGGAGCAGCUGGCUGCUCCCGCGUGUCCUCAGGUGAAGGUGGUUGUUUCUUUGCGGGCAUGGAUGAACCGUGUCCACCUGUUAGGUGCUCUUGCGCCUUUCGUGGGCUGCCUUUGGGGAACGCCACGUUAGGUACCUUUGAAUUGUUUGGCUUCGAGUUUCAGGAGAACUAUGGUGGAGAGGAUCAUGCGGCGGCGCCUGAGGAUGAUGUUGAGAAAAUGAAGGACAAGACAGAGAACGCUGCCGCUUUCAAACCUGGUGGGAACCUACAUUCAUCUGGUGGGAACCUAGAUCCCGGUGCUGGUGGAGAAGCUUUCCGCCCACCACCUGUCUUCGUUCGUGAGACGCCUGAAGGUUUCCACUGUAUCGUAGAUGUCUUUGCUAGAGGGUAUGUGCUGCCUCGCAAGAUUGUCGGCAGUGCAAAGCCGGCAAGUGGAGGCCAGAGGAGUUACGGUCCGCCGGAGAGCUCGUCGUCGGCACGUGAUUCCUCGUGCCAGAUCGUGCCUGAUCGUGCUUGUAUUCGGCAGUUUGUUGGCGCCGAGUUGGCGAGCACUGUACUGAGAGCCGACUUGAAUGCAGCGUCCAUCAGCCGGGCAGCGCCUCGCCAAAAAGAGAAAGGUCAUGGUGAAGUAGGUAGUUCUGUGUCUGUUCCUGUGGGACGUUGUCGUCCACUUUUAGAGAGUGGCUCAAACAAGACGGAAGAGGAAGCGUCCUCGGGACGUGGCCCACUUCUAGAGAGCGCUGCAUACUCGAAAAGCGUAAGAAGCUAUAUCGAUGGCUACGAAAUGGCAUUGGCAGGUCUUCAUCAUUUGAACAAGGAAGGGAAAGCACCUCCGCAGAACUACCGGGGAUGCCCAAAGGGGGCCAAGAGUCCUGAACAUGAGGGAACCAAGAUAGAAACAGGGGACCCUUUUGCUGCUAUCGUGGAAGCGCAGGGCCAGAGGUAUAGCGCCGCCUAUGAAACUUCUUCUAGUGCAGCUGGGGAAACAUUUUUACUAGAAACAGACCUCCAGAAAAUCCAAAAAAGUGUCUUCUUCGUUCCAAAUGAAGCGGGGUGCUAUUUGAAUCAGACACCUGAAAGUCUCUGGCUUACCAACGACACGAUUGCGAAGUAUGUAUGUUGUGACUAUACGGGACCGGUUUAGAAAACGAGAGUGGCCAUACCCAUCAUCUAUGUAUAAAACUCUGGGAUUGCGGAGUGAUGUAAAGAUCCAACUCAAG